UUUUUUUAUUUUGAAAACAAUAAUAUUUUUAAAAAAAUAAUAAAUAUAAUUUUUUAAUUUAUUAAUUAAUUUGUUGUAUUGAGUUUAUUCAAAAAUAUGAUACUGAAAUUAGCUAAGGUCUAAUUUUUGAAUUUUUUAAACACGAUAAAUUUAAAAAUAAUAAAUAUUUAAAAAAAUUUCACCUAAAGUUUUUUAAAUUUUCUACAUGAGCAUAUUUUUAGUUUUUAAAUUAAAUUGUUGAUAAAAAAAAUCCGAAGCUUGUUAAUUGUCUACUAACCAGGACUAUUUAAAAAUAAGUUUUUAAUUAUGGCAAAAAAAAUGAUAACAAGUUUGCCUUUGAUGCAAGAUUCUAAAUUUAUUGUAAUUGAUGAAGGUGUAGAAGAAUCGUACGCUGAUAAUUUGAUAGAUGGAUGGAUGCAAAUGUGGAGUACGACAAAUUUAACCCAACAAAUCCAUUUAUUAUUAUUUUUUAAUACUAAGUCACAUUACAGUUAUUUAAAAAAAUUAUUCAAAGAUAAUAAACUUCAUAUACAUGAUUACUGUACAGAAGAUUUGGAUAGAAUUUAUGAAAAAAAAGAUUUUAGCAUAAACUGUGACAGGAUUUUGAAAUCGGGUAUUGAUGAAAAAUCAAUUGUUGUUAUUAAUUGUUUGAGUUCACUGAUAGUCAAUAUAGGAUUAGCCAAAGCACUGAGAUUUGUUGAUAAAUUAUCGCAACGUGUAUCACAAUUAAUUUGCGUGUACAGACGAGACUUUGGAACCAGAAAAAUUCAAAAGAUUGAAACAUUGGGAAGUACUUACAUUAGAUUGGGUAAACCUAGUGAGACUGUCAUGAAUAAUGAGAUAGCUUAUGAAGUAGCGAUGGUUCACUGCAAGAGAGGUGGUGGUAUUUUGAAAAAACACGUGGUUAUUACUCAGGAUCCUGAGAGCUGCGAGAUAAAGUCAGAGAAUCCGGUUGAAAUUAAAGCUCCGGUUGUUAUUUCAAAAGUUGUUGAACCAACAUUAAAACCACAGGCUUCAUUCAGAACAGAUAUGAAUCCCAGGGAAUUAGAACAACGUAAUCAAACACCUUUACCUUAUAUGCAAGUUAUUAAAGAUGCUACAAGUGAAUCACAAAUCUACUAUGUACCUGACAAAAAUGAUGACUUCGAUGAAGAGGAUCCUGAUGAUGAUUUACCAUUUUAAAUUUAAUUUAACCCCAAGUCUUUUACUGACGUGUAUUUAUUCAAACUUUUUUUUCAAAUAAAUCUUUACAUCUGUUUUUUAUUAAACAUUACAUAUAUUUAUUCUUAAAAUAAAUUAUAAAUAUUAUUCAUUGUCAUAAAAGCAUUUAUGAAACAGCUGAUAAAGUUUAUUAAAAUA